UUCUUGGAAAAUAUGUAAUAAUUUACUCUCAGAUUGAGGUCGUGUUCUUGUCAACAUCAUACCAACCAGGUUUGUUCACUUCAUCAUCUGAACUCUAUGUAGGUUUCUAUAAUUAGGCUCAUUAGAGUGUUCCUAGAUCCAAAGACUAUCUAAAGAUCUAAAGAUUCAUAAUUCUAAAGUGAGGGUGUGUGUAUAGUUUGCAACAGAUGUUCCCUCCCCACUUUUUUUUUUUUUUUUUUUUUUGCUGUUUGUAAUUAACUGGAACUGCAAUGAAUGCCAUCAUUUUUUUAAGGAAUUCAGUUGUAGUGUUGAAAAAGACAUUUUUCUUAAUAUCUAAGGAGCUCUUAAUGUUAAGUACUUUGCUGAGAUUUUGCACAUACAGUAUGUCCUUAGAUCCUUACAACAACUAAAGGAGGUAGAUAGACACUAUUACUAUCUAUUUCCAGUUAACAGAUUGAGAAAUUGAGGCUUAAAGAAAUUAAACUUGUCCAAGUUGACACAGUAAAUACAUGGUGAAGACAAGGCCUGAACCCACAUCAUCUUUCCAGUGUUCUUCUCUACAGGCAGUUUAUAAUUAUUGACUUAUCUCACUUGCUUUUUCUUCUUUUUGAAACAUUUAUUAGUAUUAAAUCUCAUAGAACUUUUGUGAAUCUAGAAAGCUAAUUUGAAUGUAUAUUUUACAAAUUAUUUUGUUAGAUUCCCUCAGUUUGAGAUGUUCUUAACCUAGGACCUUAUGGAUAGAAUGCAGGGGAUCCAUAAACUUGGAUUGGAGGUUACUAACUUCUAAUAAAUUUAGCUUUUUUUUUUUUUUUCCAUUGUCAGUGUUGGCAACAAAUACAUAAUAUCAUCAGUACAUGUGACUUGCUAAUAUAAGUUACAAAUACUUCAGUAUCACGAAGUUGAGGCAGAUACCACAAAACAUCAUCUGCACAUCACUAUUUUGUUAUGGUAGUUAGACCUACCACUAGAUCCUGUUAUUUAAUACUUUUUUAAAAAAGCAUUUGAUAGUAUUUCAGUAAAAUUGGUUUUCCUUGUAAUCUGUAUUUUAUACUGAAUGUUUAAAGGGAUUGUUCUGAGAAAGAGUCCACAGGUUUCAGCAAACGGGCCAAGAGCUUUUGUGGCACAAAGCUUAGCAUCUAAGGUUCUUUCUGACAAAAUUCGUUUGAAAAGGAAUGGAUAUUGUUUAAGUAGUACAGAGUCAGAAAGUUAACUAAUUAAAAAACUGAGUAUCAAGAAGAGUCAUAUUUAAUUAAAAUAAGUUAUUUUACUUUUUAUUGAUUUGCAAAUGUAAUUUCUAGUAAAAUUACUUCCAGAUGUGAAUAGGGUGCUUGGGGUAUGAAACGAUUUUUUUUUUAAAGAGACCAUAAACGUAACACUUACAGGUAUACAUUUACUUUAACAACAUAUCUCAAAAGACUCCCUAUACUGGUGAUUGGUUUUAUUCCCUAUGGAAUUUUGCCUGUGUUUUUGGGGGGUUUCAUUUCUAUUGUACAAACUCAAGAUAUCAAAGAUAUGCCCUAAGAUGUAAAGCAAUUAAACUGUAUGUUAGGGCCUGGGUAGAGCUUGGAAUUGUUAGUCAUUAUAUUAGGAUUUUUCAUCUUUAUAGAGAUAAAAUGGUUCAUUGCAGCUCUAGUUGAAGUUGUGAAUAAAGAUGAGAUUGAAACUAAGAUGUAGGUUUUUCAAGUAUACGAAUUAUAAAGAUGUAGAUUUUUCAAGUAUACGAAUUAAAUAAACUAUUGAUCUUGACUAGAUUUUAUUUGUUGUUAUGCUGCUUUUUUGUGGACAAGUAUUUUGAUACAUAGAAAUAAUCCCCCCCUUUGUUACUUUGCUCUAGUUUAUUAAAUACAUCAUUUGAUUCUAACAAGCAUAGAUAAGGUGGUUAGUUUAUUUUCUGGAAGUACAAGUAAACAAGCCCAUGGAGACAGCACUAAGUGCUGAAGACUUUCUGCCCUCAUAAUGUUUCUGGUUAUCGAAAUAUAUCUCCAUCUGUUAUUUAGCAGAAACUAGGAGAAAGAACCACUUUUGCAAACCAGCCAAUGAACUUUUAGCCAAAUCCUCUUAUGUAAUGUAAGGUCAACAAGACAGUAUUUCCAUUAAGUAGAUGAAGAAAUUGCAUGCUGUUGAAGAGAAGCUAAGUUACUUGCCUAACUUUAUUAUUGCUACUAAUGGUGACCUAGAGCUCUGAUGCUCAGGACUUCUGAUUUCAGACAUGAAGCCAUUAUUAUAUCAGGAACCGAAAUGGCCAAGCGAAUCCAGAAAGAAAUACAGCGAGGUGUGGAAUCAUGGGUUUCCCUUGGAAACAGAAGACCUCACCUCAGUAUAAUUUUAGUGGGAGAUAACCCAGCAAGCCAUACAUACGUCAGGAAUAAGAUAAGAGCUGCCUCUGCUGUAGGUAUUUGCAGUGAGCUCAUUCUAAAACCGAAGGAUGUUUCUCAGGAAGAGCUUUUGGACAUAACUGAUCAAUUGAAUAUGGACCCAAGAGUCAGUGGUAUAUUAGUUCAGUUACCACUACCAGAACACGUUGAUGAGCGAAUGAUAUGCAAUGGAAUUGCCCCAGAAAAAGAUGUAGAUGGAUUUCAUAUUAUCAAUAUUGGAAGAUUGUGCCUUGAUCAGCAUUCUCUCAUACCUGCCACUGCCAGUGCUGUUUGGGAAAUAAUAAAAAGAACAGGAAUUCAGACCUUUGGAAAAAAUGUGGUUGUGGCUGGAAGAUCCAAGAAUGUAGGGAUGCCCAUUGCCAUGCUUUUACACACUGAUGGAGAGCAUGAACGGCCAGGAGGUGAUGCAACUGUGACAAUAGCUCACAGAUACACCCCCAAAGAACAACUGAAGAUUCAUACGCAGCUGGCAGAUAUUAUCAUAGUUGCUGCAGGUAUUCCAAAGUUGAUUACGUCUGAUAUGGUUAAAGAAGGUGCUGCUGUAAUUGAUGUGGGUAUCAACUACGUCCAUGAUCCAGUGACAGGAAAGACAAAAUUAGUUGGAGAUGUGGACUUUGAAGCUGUUAAGAAGAAAGCUGGCUUUAUCACUCCGGUUCCAGGAGGUGUGGGACCCAUGACAGUGGCAAUGCUUCUGAAGAACACCCUUCUGGCAGCUAAAAAAAUCAUUUACUAGAUCACAUAAAAGGAUGAAGCAAACUGAAGUCAUGCUAUUUGUUUAUUUGACAAAGGGUAAAACCUUUAUAUUUUACUACAAAGCUAUUUAUUUCUACAUGGUAUUUAUUUUUUCAUGGGUGAAAUCAUUGUGAAUCAAAUGAUUCACAUAAUUUUAUGCAUUUCCUGCUAAUUUAUUUUGAGUUUUAAGAAAGCAACCCAAACAAUUCCAAUGAAAAUUUUAGUAACAAUUGUUUAUUUUGAGGAUAUUUGUUCUUAAUAUUAAAACAAUAAAGGGCUCAUAAUAAAUAAAUAUAUUUUUGACACAAUUAAAUAUUACAUAUAAUAUGUUUUCAACAAAUGUCCUGUCAGCCAAAUGGGUACCCAUAUAAAAUGUAAUUUAGGUUUUGCUAUUUGCAUGCUCACAUUUUCAGUAUAUUUUAUGAUCUAUGUCAUAUGCUGAAAAAGAGCUUGCUUACUGCAAGAAAAAUGGAAUAUUGAAAAUAAAAUCUUGAUCUCAACUGUCCCCCAAAUGCAUCCUAUAAGUCCAUCCUAAUGAGAAAUGAUGUUCUAUUUAAGGAAAGGAAAAUAUUCCAGGAAGGCAAAAAAUGCAAUGCUAUUUGGAAGGGUAAUGAUUUUAUCACAUUGUGAGUGACUACUAAGAGUAAUGAUUAUAUCACAUUGUGAAUGACUGCUUGCCACAGUAAAAAUACAUGAAGAAUGUCUUAGGUUUAAAUGUUGUUUCUUUCUUCUUCUAAAAAAUAUUUGGAUAGUACCUUCACUGAGCAAUAAUGGAAAAAUCAAAAAAUAAGUAAACAGACAAAACUAAAGUUGUAUUUUCCCACAAAUAUAGUAUGAAUUAGGUCAUAUUAAAGAACAGCAGCUGUUAAUGUUUGUUCACAAAUUCAGAAAUCUAAUAGGAAAACAUGAUACUUUCAAUGUGCCAAAACUAAACCUUAGUAUACAACUAAAAAUCUCCUGCCUUCUUACCUACAUGUCUUCCCUCUUCUGUUAUAGCAUUUGUUCCUCAAAGUAGAUGCAACAUUUCUAACACAAUUUAAAUUAGGAAAUAUAUAUGAAUGUCAUUGAAGUCUAUUUUGAGACUGCUAAAGCUGUUUAAUUGAUACUGUGUUUUCAUGCCCAAAUCCCAGUAUGUUUAUGUACCAAUAGUGACUCUUACCCAGCGCAUGUCUUUAUCAGUGUGUACUCGUGACCAUUUGUGUGAAAAUAGACUAGAUGUUUAUAAUUAAUACCAUUGCAACUGUAUAAUAAAAGCAAUUUGAAGAAAA